UGGAGAUCAAGACAUAUUUAAUAUCGAUGUUUACAAGCCAUAUUCAAUCUCAAUAGGAAACUAAUACAUCCUGAGAUUGAAAAUUUGAGAUAAUAGGUUAUCAGUAAUAUCUCAGGUUUUACUAUAACAAUGAGAGGUUGAUAAUUGUAAAACAGUGUGAAUAUUGACAAGUUAUCAAACUGAAUGUGGAAUUUUCAUCUUUUACUUAUAGUGAUACCACAUCUGGGAACCGAUCCUAAGAGGUCAGCGAAGGUAUUCGCAGCACUCGUCAUCCUGAGAAGAGUGUGCGUGAUAACGGCUGAUAUUUUGGGUGGAAUUCAGCCCUUCGGAUUCGAUCAUCAUGGUAGCAUUGCCAGAUCUGGGAAUGGCUGAAGGAGCUUACAGAGAAAUCAGCCCAGCUGUUUCUGUUAUAGAAGAUGAAACCAAUAAACCAGAUCUCAUACCAAGCAGUAAUCAACUAACAAUUUCUACAGUUUGUAGUUUUAUCGAUGGCAACUUUGCUAAUAGCAAAGACAAAGACAUCGAAAGUGGAGUUACUAAAGUUGAAUCUCUCUCCAAUGGAAAAUCCUUGGAAUCAGUCAAAUCGAUCUCAAGCGAUGAGCCUGACACCGAUUUCGAAAACGAAAAGUGGCAUACUGUUACACUUCAAGUUUUCAUCCCCUUCAUGUUGGCUGGCAUUGGAACAAUAGGAGCUGGAAUUGUGCUAGGAAAUGUUGAGAAUUUGGAAGUUUUCCGUGUAAUCAAAGCACUGUACAUUCUGGUACCAUCAUUAUUAGGACUCAAAGGAAAUUUGGAUAUGUGCUUGGCUUCAAGACUUUCCACUCAAGCUAAUUUAGGAAAUAUGAAUUGCAAAAAAGAAGUCAUCAAAAUGAUCGUUGGAAACAUUGGUUUGGUACAGGUUCAAGCUAUAGUUGCAGCUAAUAUCGUGUCAUUAUUUGCUGUAUGCGUAUCUGCACUACUGCAUGGAACAUUCGUGAUACACGAUGGACUCCUUUUGGCAGCUGCAAGUGUUAUGACUGCUACUUUAUCAUGUUUCACAUUAGAUUUCCUUCUCAUCGCUGUGAUAUUUUUGUCACAUAAAAUGAAACUUAAUCCUGAUAACGUUGCUACACCAUUGGCUGCUAGUAUAGGCGACGUAGUGUCUUUGCUAGUGCUCUCAACAUUUGCUUCAUUACUCUACUCCAUUAAAGAACACAGCAUAUACAUUUUGAUAGGAAUCAUCGUGGGAUAUAUUGUGAUUUUACUACCAUUCUGGGUCUAUGUGGUUUUGAAGAACGAGUAUACCAGAAAAAUCUUAACAACUGGAUGGACUCCUGUUCUUUCAGCCUUAGUUAUAAGUGGAUUCGGUGGAUUAGUCUUGGACAAAGCUGUGGAUCAGUUCAAAGGUUACGAGGUUUUCCAGCCAAUCAUAAAUGGAAUAGGUGGAAACUUAGUGUCAGUUCAAGCAAGCCGUAUUGCCACAAUGCUUCAUCAAACUUCCAUCAGAGGUGUGAUUCCUCCACAUACCAAGAGAUUUGUGGCCCCUUGGACCGCACUUUUCGGUGGUGUGUUGCCAGCUGAAACUGCCAGAAUCCUGAUAGCGAUGUCCAUUCCAGGACAGACUGUAUACGUUUUUGUUGCCGAUCUCAUAUAUAACGAGGGCAUCUCCACACUAACGCCUAUAUUCGUUUUGGCAUACCUUACAGUAGGUCUCAUUCAAAUAAUGCUUUUGCUUUAUAUCGCUCACAUUAUGAUACACACAAUGUGGAAGUACAAAAUAGAUCCUGAUAAUGGAGCUAUCCCUUACCUCACAGCUUUAGGGGACCUCUUAGGUUCGUCCUUCCUCCUGUUGGCCUUUAUGUUCUUGAAAAGCAUCAACCAGGAAUACUCUCCCAUACAAAAAGCCUGAGAAUUAUGAACUGAUUCGAGAACAACUUGUACAUAGAUUGGUAUUCCGUAUGAUUCAAUUCGAUGUGACGCUUGUAUACCUUUUUUUAUUAUUGUUUUGACCGGAUUCAAUGAUUUAUAUUAUUUAUACACGUGUAGAAAUGUUACGAAUUAUGAUGAGAUAAUGAGUAGCAUUAUAUUCUAAAUUUGACGCUCCGUUUUGUGUCAGAAUGAAGUCAAAACAGAAUAUAAUGCCAUAAUGGUUUUCAUGCAAUUUCACAUUGUUGAAAUGGAAUGCAACGCUCCUCAUCAUAGCGUCAGCUGUGCUGGAGUGGAGCCAUCCAAAGAACAAUGAGAAAAUUUCCUGCAAUUCUCAAAAUUGUCUCUUAUCCUAUAAGCUCCAUUUUUCAUUUCUCCUCUUCUGGAUAUCCUUGGGACGUAGUUGGUUAUCUAGAUACCUGACACUUUCAUGCAGUGUUGAAAACUGCAGGCUUCUACAAACCAACCUAAAUAUUCGUACCGCAUCUGAAUCUGGAUCCUACUCAUUCAUUAUAGAUUAAUAGUUUGAUAAUUAGUAGGAUCCAGAGACUCAGAUGCGGUACGAAUAUUCCCGUUAGCCGAGUUUUUCUCGAUGCUAAUCGAACAAAAUAGAUAUUUUUUCCCAUUCGAUUUCAUCAUAUAAUUUUUCUUAUGAAAUUUAUUACAUAUAAGUUCAAUUUCUAUUUUAAGUAUUGGGAAUCCAAGAAAUUUAAUUUUGAAUCUGAAUUAUUUGAAUUCCCCAGCAUAUAUAUUUUCAAAUUGAUUCAUUUAUAGCGCUAGUAAAAUAAUUAACUGAAUAUAAAUCUAUUGAUUCAUAAUUCCUUGAUAACAAUUGUUAGAUCAUUUAUUAAACAGAGUAGUAUUCCACACUCAAUAUAUUUUUGACUUCAUUACGUUUUUAGACGAAAUAUUUUCGAACAAUUACCAUGAUGUUUUAAGUAACAUUCGGACCAAUGUGUUUUUUUGACCAUUUCCGUAUUUAUGUUUAUGCAUUUAUUUUUUUAUCGAUGUUUAUUGCAAGUUCGUGUUGUGACUACUCAAAACUUGACUUUAUCCUUGAAACUUCCCGUUUUUCCUAUUGUGAUGUUGAAAUACAUUAUUGUUUUACCUCUCUCACCUAAGUUAUUCAAAUAAAUACAAAACUAAUUGAAACUUAAUUUCGUAACAUUUCUUUUCCGUACGAAUUUCCCCUGAGACAGUGUUAAUCAAUAUGGGGCUCCCUCUCGUAUUGAAUUAUCUAACUGUGCUCUUUAAUGAACAAACAUACGAUAACGAUUAAUAAUAACUUCAUCAAUUUUCAUUAACGGAAAUUUAUUAUUCAAUACAAAAACUUCACCGCGUAAAUGAAAACGUAUAAAUGUUCAAAAAACCAACAGGUACCUUAAUAGGCUUGAAUCUAUCACUUGUAGAGGAGUAUUGAAUUAAAUAACUGAUGUUUUUGUGAAACUUGUUUAUCAUUUAUUAAUUAUAUACAAAUAUAUGUGAAAGACUGUUAGUAUGUUAAGCGAUAAUAAAUUCUUAUGUACGAAAAAA